AUGGCAGAUAUGCAAGAUUAUGCCAUACAAAUCCUUACCUUCCUAGCUUCCUUCUUCUUUAUCCUGAUCAUCUUUGUCAAAUGUAGGAACAAAGUUCGCCUUCCACCGAGCCCCAGAGCCCUGCCAAUUAUAGGACAUAUGCACCUUCUGGGUCCUAUUCCUCACCAAGCUUUUCACAAACUCUCAAUCCGUUAUGGACCUUUAGUUUACUUCUUCAUUGGCUCAAAGCCUUGUGUUCUUGCUUCCACACCUGAAAUGGCAAAAGAGAUACUUAAAAACAAUGAAUCUAAUUUCAUGAACCGCCCUAAAGUAGCAAACCUUGAUUAUCUUACCUAUGGCUCAGCUGAUUUUGCUACCAUACCUUAUGGACCCCAUUGGAAGUUCAUGAAGAAACUUUGCAUGACCGAAUUGUUAGGCAGUCGAACACUAGACCAGUUCCUCCCGAUUAGACAGGAAGAGACAAAGCGGUUCUUGAAGCUAGUACUCAAGAAAGCAGAAGCAAAAGAAGCAGUCAAUGUUGGAGGAGAGUUGAUGAGAUUGACAAAUAAUAUAAUAUCAAGAAUGCUGCUGAGAACAAGGUGUUCUGAUAAAAAAGAUGAAGCUGAUGAGGUGAGAAAGCUGGUGAAAGAGUUGAAUGAGUUGGGUGCCAAGUUUAAUCUGUCAGAUACGAUUUGGUUCUGCAAGAAUUUUGAUUUGCAGGGUUUUGAGAAAAGGCUGAAGGAUGCUCGAGACAGGUAUAACAAUAUGAUGGAAAGGAUCAUGAAGGAGCAUGAAGAUGCGAGGAAAAAGAAAAAGGAAGUGGGUGAGGAAGGUGAUACAGUGAAGGAUUUGCUUGAUCUUUUACUUGAUAUAUAUGAAGAUGAAAAUGCAGAGAGGAGAUUAACCAGAGAAAACAUUAAAGCAUUCAUAAUGAACAUAUUUGGUGCUGGAACCGAUACAUCUUCUAUUACAGUAGAGUGGGGACUAGCAGAGCUCAUCAACCACCCACAUGUGAUGGAGAAAGCAAAACUGGAGAUUGACUCUGUUGUUGGAAAGACCAGACUCGUACAGGAAUCAGACAUACCUAAUCUUCCCUAUCUCCAAGCUAUAGUAAAAGAAAUAUUAAGGCUUCACCCCACAGGUCCAUUAAUCGUGAGAGAAUCAUCUGAAGAUUGUGUAAUUGCAGGCUAUACAAUUCCAGCAAAGACCAGACUAUUUGUUAAUGUCUGGUCACUUGGUAGGGAUCCAAACUACUGGGAAAAUCCACUUGAAUUUAGGCCACAGAGGUUCACUAGUGAAGAGUGGUGUGCAAAGAGUAACAUGCUGGAUGUGAGGGGGCAGUAUUUUCAUCUAUUGCCAUUUGGUACAGGAAGAAGAAGCUGCCCUGGUGCUUCUCUUGCACUGCAAUUUGUUCCAACAACUCUAGCUGCUAUGAUUCAGUGCUUUGAAUGGAAAGUUGGUGAUGGAGAGAUUAAUGGUACUGUUGAUAUGGAAGAGGGACCAGGGCUAACUCUCCCCAGAGCUCAUUCCCUAGUUUGUUUCCCAGUGGCUAGGCUUCGUCCAAUUUUGUCAAUCUGACAACGGUUUCAUGAAGAGGCUAGUAUUGUUUAACUUGUGAAAUUGGGGCAUUAAACAGUUGAAAUUGGAAACGUUAAUUCUCUGGGGACUUUUGUGGGUGCAAGUGCUAUUUUCUUUGAAGUAAUUGUACAGUGGGGUUGAAGUAAUUGUACAGCGGGGGGAUUUGAACCUCCUGUAUGUUCUGUUCUUAUUUCAGUCCCUACUGAGGUACUGUGGUAUGCAACAAUGCUUUUC